AUGAUAACAUAUUUUAAUAUCAGAAUUAUCACCGAUGAUACGGUAACAUAUCUUGAUAUCACAAUUAUCACCGAUGAUAUGAUAUCAUAUCUUAAUAUCAAAGUUAUCACCGAUGAUAUGAUAUCAUAUCUUAAUAUCAAAAUUAUCACCGGUGAUAUGAUAACAUAUUUUAAUAUCAAAAUUAUCACCGAUGAUAUGAUAACAUAUUUUAAUAUCAGAAUUAUCACCGAUGAUAUGAUGUCAUAUCUUAAUAUCAGAGUUAUCACCGAUGAUAUGAUAUCAUAUCUGAAUAUCAGAAUUAUCACCGAUGAUAUGAUGUCAUAUCUUAAUAUCAGAAUUAUCACCGAUGAUAUGAUGUCAUAUCUUAAUAUCACAAUUAUCACCGAUGAUAUGAUAUCAUAUUUUAAUAUCAGAAUUAUCACCGAUGAUAUGAUAUCAUAUCUUAAUAUCAGAAUCAUCACCGUUAAUGUUUAA